AUGGCCUCUUUCUCAGUGGAGGAUUUCAUAGGGAAUGGAAUUUUGAAGGGGUUGCUUCCAAAGUUACUGGAAGAAGGUUGGGAUGAUGUGCCAACAAUGAAGAUGAUGAACGCAGAGGAUAUGAAUGCAAUACACAUGACACAACAGCAAAAGGAUGCACUUGGAUUGAGGUCAUACCUGCAUGAACGUGGAUUGAUGAAAUACGCAGAGAAGAUGGAGGCAUCUGGAAAAUAUCUCCCUGAACUCCUUAACUUCAGCAGCAUGGAUCUUUCAGCCCAGUUUGACAUGAAACGAGGCCAUAUUGCCCGUUUUGUGGACAGAACUAGAUGUGAUGAUUCUUUCAAACUACGUGCAAUUCCUACCAGGAAAAGAUCCAGCAUAUUUUAUAGAGAUGAUAGUAUCCCCAAGAGUCAUGCAUCUUACAGCUCUAAUGGUAUGAAAAGAUCUUAUUUAAGGAGUAAUACAACUUCUGAUAAAUCACUUGAGCAAUCAAUGGCUGAUUUAAAGAUUAAAGAUGGAUACAUCUUUAAAGGGAUUGUAGCUGCAGGGCCAGCUGAGCCUAGAGCAUGUGGCUGUGUACAAGCUCCUCCUGUCAUUGACCAAGUAGCUCCAUAUGCUGCUAUCGAAAAUAUAUCAGUGCAGAAACUAGCUCCAGAGUAUAAGAUUGGAAUGGAACCAUUGGUGAAAACAAAUACACCUCCAAUGAAGGCUUUAGAACUGUGGCGAGAUCAACCAGCUGUCAUCCUCUGUCUCCGACGACCAGGGUGCAUCAUGUGUAGAGCCGAGGCACACCAGCUCUUUUCGAGAAAACCCAUAUUUGAUGCACUCGGCGUUAAACUAUUUGCAGUUCUUCAUGAGCACAUAGAGUCAGAGGUAAAGGAUUUCUGGCCCCGAUAUUGGGGUGGCACAGUACUUUUCGAUCGAGGUAGGGAUUUCUUUAAAGCUCUUGGUGGGGGAAAACUAUUAAAGGAUAAGUUCAUAUCAGGAUUUUUACUGAAUCCCCGAGCACUGGCCAAUUACAAGCGUGCAAAGGCCAUAGGAGUUGACAAUAACUUCAAAGGAGAAGGGGAGAUAAAGGGUGGAAAACAGGCAUUGCUUACCAGUUUAUAGAGAGGAACUUUGGUGAUUGGGCACCCAUAGCUGAAGUCAUCGAGAUUUGUACUCAAUUGCAG